AUGUCUCUUUCGAGACGCACCGAUGCCGCCUCCAAGUUUACGUCUUCGGGAAGAUAUACCCCAGAGGCUAUGAUAGUCAUAACCUGUGCCACUAUUUCGCUGUACAAUGGCAUCGAGCUGCUUCUCCUUAUCUUGACAUCAUCCAGGCGGCAUAACGACCUCUUCUCCUGGAGCCUUGCUGUGGCUUCCAUUGGUGUGCUGCCGUAUGCGAGUGGCUGGCUGGUCCGCUAUUUCGAUGUUAUAGGGGAUGUUACCAACAUGCUCAUCAACAACAUUGGCUGGAUACUCCUGACUACCGGCCAAGCUCUCGUUCUAUAUUCUCGACUCAACUUGCUCGUCAAAAGCAUCACCAUUUUGAAGGUUACGAAAUGGCAAAAGCUCGACCGCAACGGCGCAUUCAUCAAGGUUCAAAAGGCUCAGCUGGCAUUCUUUUGUGCUCAAGAUUUCUUACUUUCAGGUCUUUACAUUUGGAAAAUGAUGGAGAUCAUCAGGAGAAGAGAAACUGAAAACCAGACUCCUCGAAUAAUCUGGCACCUGUUUGCUAUUAAUGUGGGAAUCGUGCUAGUCGAUGUUACGCUCCUCGCCGUUAGCUUUACCAACAAUUUCCUGUGGCAACAGGGCAUCAAGGCAGUGACCUACUCGGUGAAACUCAAGGUUGAGUUUGUUAUACUCGGGAAACUCAGCGACUACGUUCACAAAGGAGGUGAAUUAAUCAGUGCCGAACAUCCUGUGUUUGGAUUUGUAGAGAUGGAGCCCGAGCCUCCGUCAAGGAAGCAAUCGACACAACCAUCAGCUGCUCCCGAGGCUACACAUUUAUAA